AUGUCCUCCACGCUGCACGGGAAACUAGGACAGAUUUUAACGCCAUGUUUCCUGGUGAGCGUGGAGAACCCUCCAUUUACCAUGGCGGCUGCACACGCCGACCGGGUGAAGUGUUGUAAGUACUGGCCUGAUGACACUGAGAUUUACGGAGAUAUGAAGGUAACGCUGAUCGAGACUCAGCUGCUGUCAGAGUACGUGAUCAGGACCUUCGCUGUAGAGAAGAGGGGCGUGGCAGAGAUCAGGGAGAUCCGUCAGUUUCAUUUCACCGGGUGGCCCGACCACGGCGUGCCGCUCCACGCCACGGGCCUGCUGGGCUUCAUCCGGCGCGUCAAGGCCAAGACUCCGCCCACAGCCGGGCCCACCGUGGUCCACUGCAGUGCGGGGGCGGGACGUACAGGUUGUUUCAUAGUGAUUGACAUCAUGCUGGACAUGGCGGAGAGAGAGGGCGUGGUCGAUAUCUACAACUGCGUCCGAGAGCUGCGAGCACGAAGAGUUAACAUGGUCCAGACAGAGGAGCAGUACGUCUUCAUCCAUGACGCCAUCUUGGAGGCGUGUCUCUGUGGCGACACGGCCAUCCCAGCCAAUCAGCUGCGCUCGGUUUACUACGAGAUGAACCGAUUGGAUCCUCAGACCAACUCCAGUCAGAUCAAAGAGGAGUUCAGGACCCUGAACAUGGUGACCCCCACUCUGCGGGUGGAGGACUGCAGCAUCGCCUUGUUGCCUAGGAACCACGAGAAGAACCGCUGCAUGGACGUGCUGCCUCCGGACCGAUGCCUGCCGUUCCUCAUCACCAUCGACGGAGAGAGCUCCAACUACAUCAACGCCGCGCUCAUGGACAGCUACAAGCAGCCAUCAGCGUUCAUCGUUACCCAGCAUCCUUUGCCCAACACGGUGAAGGACUUCUGGCGCCUGGUGCUCGACUACCACUGCACGUCCAUCGUCAUGCUGAACGAUGUCGACCCCGCACAGCUGUGUCCCCAGUACUGGCCAGAGAACGGCCUCCACCGUCUCGGCUCGCUGCAGGUGGAGUUUGUGUCUGCAGAUCUGGAGGAGGACGUCAUCAGCCGCAUCUUCAGGAUCUACAACACAGCCAGGGAGUCAUCGUCCUCACCUGACUUCCUGCGUUGCUCCCGUCAAAAAGACUAUGACCACUAG